AUGAGUGCACUUGAGCGGGCCCACGAUGACCAGGGUAUCAUGGACUUGGGCAAAAACUGCGCCUUUUGCCACCGCUUGGAUUUCCUACCGUUCCACUGCGAGUUUUGCAAAGGCACCUACUGUUCGGCCCACCGCACUUUGGACAACCAUGAGUGUGUGGGCCGGCGCCAAAAAAACGCACCGAAAACAGCGGGCAUCGACCGGGCAUCAAACGGGCCCUCGGCUGCAUCGUUAUUUCCCGAUCGGGCCAGACACCAGAAAUUGCUAGAUGCCCUGUUGGAGUCGCUGGGCACAGCGCCGGCACGUGACAGGAAGACACCGCUCAUGAAACUCACCAAGUUCCUCCACUUACAGAAGUUGAGGCGGGACGCCAAAAAGAAAUCGUCGUUUUUCGGCAAGCUGGCCAGCAGGGCCGUGAGCGCCACUGCGGAAGUGGCCAAGAUCAAGAAGUCCGCCAAAGGCCCGGCGUCCGUGAACGCAGCCGAUCGUGUUUUUAUGUGGGUGCUCUAUGUUAAUCGAAACGAGGAGGAGCUCGAGCAGAUAUCGGUAGAGACGGAGCGCAGGGCUGUGUGGGUGCUGAAAAUGUGGUCUGUGGGCCGUGCGCUCGACUCCAUUGCCGAAACAAUGAACAUCAUGAACCACAACAACGCCACGCAGCAGAGUGGCGAGCGCUUGAAUUUGUUCAAAGCCGAGAAGGACGAGCCGGUGGUGCUAGCGGCAAGUGCCAAGGUCAGCACAAGCAUUCCGAAUGGAGCCACGUUGUACUUGGUCAAGGGUGCCAUGUAG